AUGGGAAAAAGUUGUAUUUGGACGCAAACUAAAAACUACAAAAAACGAUUCGUCUCAGCGUCUGUCUUUUUCCAACCUUCUACACCGGCAAGAUUAGACAAGUGGCAAAAGUGUUUGGGUAUUAAAUUAAAAGCCACUAAUAAUAUUUGCCAUCUUCAUUUUAAAGAAGAACAUAUAAAAUUGUACGACAAGUUUAUCAUUAAUGGAGAGGUCAAGAUUUGUCCAACAGUGAAAAAAAAACUGAAACCUGAAGCUUUGCCAACAAUCGAGCAUCAAUUUAUUCCUCUACCAUUAUAUGAGCUCCAAGCAAGUAUUAUUGAUCAACCACAAAAAUCAACUUCAUGCCACAAUCACUGUGAAGACGAUCAGCAGGAUCGUAUGCAAAACAGCUGCAUUGAGCAACAGGAAUUAUUAGAUGAUCUGAAUAUUUCUAAUAAUGCUACAAAUUACAGUCAACAAUUAGAACAGGACUUGGAAAAGUCUCUGUUGAGUCAGCAGUCAUAUGACAGUUUAAAUAAUCACGUAGAAAACGAAAGAACUGUAAAACCAAUAGAGAGUAUAGGAGAUAUCCAGAAAUGUCCAAUGUUACCGCAGUUUUGAAUGCGUGUAGACAAACCAGACGGACUAGAGUUUCUGCAAAUGGAUCUAUCAGUCAAGAAAACGAAAAAUCAUAUACGUCUAAACGAGGAUUUAUCAUUAACUGUUAUUUUUUCUAAUUGUGAAGAAUUGUCUCUUGACGUUAAAAUUAAUUCUUUCAAAAAUAUUUGCGAGUUCUUAAAAUCUGUGGAAAGAUGGCCAUUAUGCGUUGGUACUCAAAUAGACAGUAAUAAGUACUCACAAUUGUGUAAAGGUGUGAUUAUAAGUGACGAUGCUUACCAAAGAAAUCAAAAAAAUCCAAGAUGUAAAUCAUGUCGAAUUUUACGGAAACGCUUACAAAGCCAUAAAUCAACUUCAAUUGUUUUAGAGAAAAGUACUGCUCUAAAACGGCGGGCUUCAAACCUUAAAAAACAAAACAAACAUUUGAAGAGAGUGGUAAGUUGAAAAAAAAAAAAA